AUGACAGCGAUGCAUGUGGAAGAGAUGGAGGACGGGAGCAGGUGCCUGGUGUACCCGCUAGCAGAGGACAUUCUCACUCAUGCCAUAAUGCGGCCACCAGGAUCGAAGGGAAGUAUCCCGUCUGUCAGUGUCGCCAUGCUCCAUGUCGCUCUAGGACUGCAGGAGCUGCAUGCUCAGGGGUUCUGCCACAGGGACGUGAAGCAUCGCAACGUGCUGGGUAUGAGGAGAGGACAAGGGCCAUGGAAGCUGGCGGAUCUUGACGCGAGCUCGCUACAGGGGGAGGAGGUGACUGAGUUCAUGGGGUACCCCUGGUCCGUGUGGUCCCCUCGAGUCAGGAUCGGAGCCUGGCCGACUGCUGUCCCUUCCCCCGAGCACGCUCGGCAUCUCUUUGCGCUGUGGGCGAGGAGAGGAGAGGUGGAGCCGCUGCUGGCGAGCAGGGAGCAUGACUUGUUUCAGCUGGGAGUUCUCAUCUAUGAAGCCGUUUGUCGCCGCCUCCUCCUCGCUGGCAGGCCGGGGAUGGAAGUCCUGGAAGAGCUUGCGUCCGAUCGCCCGCUGCAGAUGCCGCAGUGUGAAGGAGGAGGAGGAGGAGGAGAGCUGGAGGCGCUGCUGGGCCUGGCGUCUGAGCUGAUAAGCAAGCAGCCGGAAAAGAGGCCGAGGAUGGAGGAAGUGAUCGAGAGGCUGCGGACCAUCAGCUCCGGCGAGACGAGCGGGAGGGAUGGAGAGCCGGAGUGCAAGAAACUUGACUGCUGCUUCAUCGUCAAGGUGUGA